UUUAUGAGAGAAAACUAAAUUUUAAGCUAAAUUGUUCAAGAAAUCCAUUACAAUAAAACAUUAUAUCGUAAUAAGUAUCGAGGAACAAUAGUUUAGUGAUCAUUUGUUAAAUAGUUCAUGCGAUGGGAUCGGUAGUCUUAUGCGCUGCGCAUCGGGUUACUUCAAAACAUUGUGUUCACUGGUGCGAUACACCGCUUAUAAAACCGAUAAAAUGACCGGCUAAUAAUCUACCCGUUUCUGGAAAAUAUUCUAGUCCUUAUCCUUCCAUUAUAUACCCUCAGAUAUUUAUCAAAAUAAAAACUGUUUAAUCCUGAAAGAGUGAAAGACUUCAAAAAUGUUCAGUGAAUCCUAUGAGAGAAGGCUACUUCAGCAAUGCAGUCCCAUCAGCAGGAAACAGUCUGUGCUGGUCCGGCCAGAGCCUAUGGACAGAUUUAUACCAUGUAGAUUGGAAAAUAAUUGGCAGACAAGUUUUCAAGCAAUUCGUCGUGGCACAGAAAAUCAGCCAGCUAAGAAACCUCGCAGCGACGGCGGUAACGAUGGAGCUGGAGGGGGUCGAGACCAUCUAGCAUAUGGAUGCCUACUGCGGAACGAACUUCUUGGUGCUCAGAUAGAAGAGUUAAGAGGUCCACCGACAAAUUGUGGCGAAAGUAACAGAGCUGCGCUGGGCGCUGUUCAACUAGCUUCAGCAGCUAGAGCGGCAUUGGCGUACUCUCCGCCAGUCUUUAGGUUCCGAGCACCCGUACACAGUGCUGAGGAGAAUAUAGAUCCUUCGCCGUAUAGCCUAUCGCCUGUGUCAGCGAAAUCACAGAAGCUACUACGAUCGCCGCGUAAAGCAACUAGAAAAAUAUCAAGAAUUCCCUUUAAGGUGCUUGAUGCGCCGGAGUUACAGGACGACUUUUAUCUGAACCUGGUCGACUGGUCCGCCCAAAACGUUCUCAGCGUUGGACUUGGAAGCUGCGUGUACCUGUGGAGCGCAUGCACUAGCCAGGUGACGCGAUUGUGCGAUCUAUCGUCAGAGGGCAACGCUGUGACAUCGGUGGCGUGGAGUGAAAGAGGUCACUUGGUGGCCGUCGGUACUCAGAAGGGUCACAUAAGUGUUUGGGACGUCGCUGUCAAUAAGGAGGUUACGAAACUGCAAGGACACAUAGCGCGCGUUGGCGCUCUGGCUUGGAACGGUGACAUACUAAGUUCCGGCUCAAGGGAUAGACAUAUAAGGCAAAGGGAUACGAGAACACCACCGGUACAAUCGUCUCGGGUACUUCAAGGCCAUAGACAAGAAGUGUGUGGAUUGAAAUGGUCGCCGGACGGACAGUCGCUCGCUUCAGGCGGCAACGACAACAAACUCUUCGUCUGGUCUAUGCACUCGACGUCGCCCGUGCAGACGUACUCGGCGCACGUGGCGGCGGUGAAGGCCAUCGCGUGGUCGCCGCACCAGCACGGGCUGCUGGCGUCGGGCGGCGGGACGGCCGACCGCUGCAUCCGCUUCUGGAACACGCUCACCUCGCAGCCCAUGCAGUGCGUCGACACCGGGUCACAAGUGUGCAAUUUGGCGUGGUCGAAACACUCGAGCGAGCUGGUGUCGACGCACGGCUACUCACAGAAUCAGAUCUUGGUGUGGAAGUACCCAUCUCUCACUCAGGUGGCAAAACUCACCGGUCAUUCGUAUAGAGUUCUAUACUUGGCUCUGUCUCCGGACGGCGAGGCGAUAGUCACCGGAGCCGGUGACGAAACGUUACGUUUCUGGAACGUCUUCUCGAAGACGCCAUCGCAUAAAGAGAACAAAAGUGUUUUGAACCUUUACACGGCGUUGAGAUAAACUCAUAGUGUUGCUAGCUAAAACGUGAUUUGAUAAUUUCACUAUGGCAACAUUUGACUAACCUUUAUCUGUGUAAUCGAGAAGUGGCAUAGACUUAUUAGUUUUUUUUUUCUAAUCAUUCGUGUUAGAUUGUGGCCGUGAUUUUCUUUUCUAAUCUUAUAUUUAGUAUAUUAAAUAUUGUUGCACAUUGCGACCGUUGAUUUGUGAACUCUUAGAUAUAUUUAUUUUUCCUAUGGGACUAUUUGUUUUUAUAUAUAACGUUAACAAUACUUUUACAUAGAUAUAAUAUAGUUAUUAUAUUCUAUGAGAUAUCGUCAUCAGAAGAUAUCUCUUAGAAUAUAAUGUCAUUCGUAUUGCAUUUUACAUAAUCAAACCAUUACGAUGUGUUUCUAUUUUGUAAAACUGUACAUAAGUUUGUCUAUGUAAUAUACAUUAUGUAUAUUUCUUUCUUAAUCAUAAAUCAAUGGCUAUGUUUACGUUUAUACGUGUUACGUUUUUAAAAUAAACGUUUCAGAGAUCGACUUUAUAGUCAAUUGUGGUUUCCCGUUUAUUUGCGCAAACAAAUUUGUGCGAAUUAACGCGUGCGUACGUGAUAAGUUUGCUUACGCAUCUCACAGAUGCUGCAAUUGGUGAUUUAUGAUUACUUAACGCUUUGAUACACGUUAUCUGUCGUAUGGAAAAAUAGUCUCUUCGGUACUUUUAUUGGAUAAAUAAGGUAAGGAAGUCGAUGUUGUAUAUUAUUAGUUUAAAAAAGUGAAUAUGAUAACUUAUAACUAUCAAAAUGUAAUUAUAUUUUUAUAUAAAUAUAAGCUGUUAACAUUAUUUUUUUUACACAUAUAUCAUAUUUAUUUUUUUAUAAUUCGUUCUAUAUUCAAAUUGACUUUCCGUAUAAAUACAGAAAAUAUAUUUUAAUCACAUAUAAAAGUAAACAUAGUCGCAAAUGCUUUAUACAAAUUAUGUUAUUUGUAAUAUUUUCUAUAUAACUGUAUGUUAUUACACUUGUAAUGUUGCCUGAUUGAAAAAAAUAAUAAUAAUCGUGCAAGCGUUCAAUUUCAAACGUAUUUAAUUAAUAAUUUCAAGUGUAAUGACAGCCGUGUGUUUAGAUGUGUGUACUUAUUUAUGUAAAUAUUACUUUGACUAGCUUUUAUCAUGAAUUUUUGGAACCAUUUUUUGAUGUGUGAUUUAGGUAGUCUUGAAAAAUAAUUAAAAAUCCUUGUGUAUAUAUUUGGUGGGAACAUCUAUGUUUCUGAUUUCUUUAGUA